AUCGGGCUUUUCGUUACUAUGAUUUGGUGUGUAUUUAGCUUGUAAUCUAAUGAUUUCGUUACACUUUUUAACUUGGUUAACUGUAGUCAUUACUAUUGUUGCUUUUUAUUGACAUUAUUUUUUUUAUAUUAAGGGUAUUAUAAUAUAUACAAAAUAGGAUAAGGAUGGACCGAGACCUGGAUGUAUUCUCUAAUUAUCGCACGAUCACUAAUAAAAUCAAGAAGCGAUUUUUAAAGAAACCGAAUUACGCGGAAGCCAGCGAGCAGUUUGGAACGUUAACGCGAGUGCUCAAGCAACAGGAAUGUCCACAAUAUGCUGGAUUUUGUUGCCUUGCUAAAGCACGUUGUGAAAACACAGUGGGGAAUACUAUUGCAGAGUCCCAGUCGCUGACUGAAGCUGCGAGACUGUUCUUCGAAGCUGAAAAGGUGAAUGUGGACGUCAAAUGUGCAGCUUUGGAAGAACAUAUAACAGAAGCCAUUCAUUGUUACAAUCAAGCUGUGAAAGCUCACCAAAAAGAGGGCAACACUGCAUUAGCUGCAAUUGUGUCGUUAGAAUUGGCCAGAAACUUGUUAGACAUUGGUAAAAUAGAAGAAGCGCACCAAUAUUUUUUUCGCGCUGCAGAAAUUCAAAAGACAUACAGCGUUGUCGAUUACGUAUGUAGUUUACAAAACGCCGCCACGUGCAAACUAUACAUGAACGAUUAUUCGUCUGCUCUGCAACACCUUUUCGAGAUUUCGCUAACACUCGAGAGCCUGAUAAGCACAGAUAAAGAAUGUUUAACGUAUAGUAUAUCGCAGAUUCUUCAGAAUGUGGAAGUAACUAGUGUUUUCGCGUUGCUGUUAAUGAAGUCGUCACCUAUGGAUAUGAAGGAGGAACACUUGAAAGUGAUGGAGCGUUACACCUGGGAGAAUAGCGACAACAACGCUAUUUUACCGGAAGACUUGUUUUUCUCGAUACAAUCCGUUGUGAUGGCGGCACAGGCCCGUGACGGAGAGAUCUUAAAAGACCUUGAAAAUGAACUUUAUUCUUGCUUAGACCAAAUACAAUGUGAUAUGUUACAUAAGAUUGUUUUGGAGUAUAACGAAUAGUUAAUAGUUUUGCCUGCGUAAACAUAUAAAUUUCCACACAACUGAAAAAUGGAUAUACAUAACAGGAUUGCGAGAAAUGUGUAAUAUUUGUUGAAUUAUUUUUCAAUAAACUAAUGUUUCUAUGAAGUGAAUCUUGGAAUCAAUUCUCGCAUUUCAGAUUGACGUGUGUUAGGCAUGAUAGAUUUUUUUGAUACCUUAUUUGUAAGUAAUAAAAUACACGUGAAUUAAAAAGUUUGUUUUUUUAACAAACAGAAAUGUGUGCUAUGUUUUUUAAUCUGUUAAGGAAUGUGCGUCCACUUCGUACUCAAUCCCUUAAAAUAUUUAAACCCAUAAGUAUUGACGUGUUAGUGAAUGACAGUGUAGUCAGAAAAAUGUAUAUCAAAAACAAACUUCCCGUAACCCGCUCUUUAAAAACUUUAAAAGAAAACAUUUCCAUUGGAUCUUACCACAAUAUUAUCGUGUUUAAAACCUAAUCGUGCGCUAAAAAUUUUAGGCACUUUUUUUAGACGCAAGAGCAAGUGAAGAACCGUUUAAAUUUUUUACAGCAUACCUCCAUAAUGGCAGUAUUCAAAUCGAAGUCAAAAACGUCCUGAAGAUACCUUCAUGCUGGCGCCAGUUAUUAGUUUUUUUUUGUUUGGGAGCACAACCUUAAAAUGUAACUAAAUAUUUUUUUUUUUAAAAGCGUAAUAAAUUUAUGGUCUCUCUAAAAAGAGCAGUUAUCUGUCUGUUUGUUCGUGCGUCUAUUUGUCUUUUUGUUACGGAAACACGAAAACAAUAUAUAAAGGACGGGCUACCACGUGGAUUAGUCUCUUUAAUAAUAGCCGUCGUACGUCUGUCUGUGUGUUCGCGAAAGCCGUGUCCCGCAACGGAAACACGAAAUUUUUAAAAUGCGCAUCAAUACCAAAUGCGAUAUAUUUCUGUCCACUUUGUUGCAACGGGUUAAGGACGGGCGACCCCGUGGAUUUUUCCACGGCCUACCACUUCUCUUUAAUAAUAGCCGUCGUCUGUCUGUCCGUGUGUCCGCGAAAGCCGUGUCCCGUAACGGAAACAAGAAAUUUUUAAAAUGCGCAUCAAUACCAAAUGCGAUAUAUUUCUGUCCACUUUGUUGCAACGGGUUAAUUUAAAGGACGGGCGGCCACGUGGAUUUUUCCACGGGCUAACGACUAGUCUCUAUAGUAAUAGCCGUCGUCUGUCUGUCUCUGCGCGGACCCCUCGCUCCGUUAGAAAAUGAUGUUACGGAAACACGAAUAUCAAAUGCGAUAUAUUUUUAUCCACUUUGUUGCGACGGGUAAAUUUAAAGACAUGCGAACCCGUGGAUUUUUCCACGGGCUAAACUAUAAUACCCGUACACGUCUGUCUGUCACGUAAAAUAAGACCGCAAGUAGCGGUAUAAAAAUAUUAGGCGAACCCGUGUAUUUUUCCAAGGGCCACCAACUAUGUUUUUAAAAUUAUUUCGAAAGUGACAUCCAUGUUUUGAAAUCGCCUGAAUGAGAUUUGCCUGACUCAACGGACAGUACAUUCAGAAAUAAAGUUUUUUUUGCAAACAAACAAACAAAGUCUUGUAAGAUGUCCAUACUGCUAGGUAUGUUCGAAGAAUCGGAAAUUUUCAAUGUCAAAAUAUGAGGAAAAAAUCAGAAAUAUUAGUAAAUUCUAGAUCUGUUCUUAUAGAUUUUUCAAAGUAUGUUUUAUUAUUAUAUAUUGAUAGAACAAUAUAU